AUGAAAGCCAAAGACACUGCCAGGCUUGACGCCAUUCGAUUCCUUAACGCGGCCCUGAAGCAGCGGGAGAUCGAAUUGAGGGAGGGCAGCAAGGCGCUGGGGGACGAUGACGUCAUCAGCGUGGUCCAGAAGCUGGCCAAGCAGCGGCGAGACUCGAUUGACAGCUACAAGCAAGGCGGGCGGGAUGACUUGGUGGCCAAGGAGGAAGCCGAGCUGAAGCUGCUCGAGGGGUACCUGCCGCAGCAGCUGUCGGAGGAUGAGGUCAAGGCCAUAGUGUCCGCGGCCGUGGCUGAGGUCGGCGCCACGUCGCCGAAGCAGAUGGGGGCGGUGAUGAAGGCCGUGCAAGCGAAAACGCAGGGGCGGGCGGACAACAAGCUGGUCAGCUCGCUGGUCAAGGCGGCGCUGUCCUCAUGA